UUUUGCGGCGCCUUAGUUACGAAGUUGGUUUCCGUAGGAAUCCACUAACAUGUGAUGGUGUGAUGAUUUCUCACGUUAUGUGUAGACCACGAUAUGCUUGAAGUUCCGAGCAUUUUGUCCUUACCGGACGAUCCCGUGAAGGUAACGAGGAGUGAAAAUAAUUAUACCACGGAUUCAUUACUCAGAGAGGAAGGGUACUACAUGAAGGCCACAGAGCAAAAGAAUAUGACAACUGAAGUGGUUAAGUCAUGCAAGACUGCCAAAUCCAUGCAAGUAUCUAAUACUGAUGGAAAGUCCAAUUAUCAACAAUUUGAAAAGUCAAGCACUCUGUCAAAGACAGUCGAUGUAGAAAACACAAAAUAUCAACCAAAGACCACCUUGGUGAAGUUGACACUUCCAGCAAAGACAACCACUGAAAAGUCAAGCACUCUAUCAAAGACAGUCGCUGUGGACAACACAAAAUAUCAACCCAAAACUACCUUGGUGAAGUUGACACUUUCAGCAAAGACAACCAUUAAAAAGUCUAGCACUCUGUCAAAGAUAGUCGAUGUAGAAAACACAAACUAUCAACCAAAGACCACCUUGGUGAAGUUGAGACUUCCAGCAAAGACAACAAUUGAAAAGUCAAGCACUCUGUCAAAGACUGUCGAUGUAGAAAACACAAACUAUCAACCAAAGACCACCUUGGUGAAGUUGACACUUCCAGCAAAGACAACAAUUGAAAAGUCAAGCACUCUGUCAAAGACAGUCGCUGUGGAAAACACAAACUAUCAACCAAAGACCACCUUGGUGAAGUUGACACUUCCAGCAAAGACAGUCAUUGAAAAGUCAAGCACUCUGUCAAAGACAGUCGAUGUAGAAAACACAAACUAUCAACCAAAGACCACCUUGGUGAAGUUGACACUUCCAGCAAAGACAACAAUUGAAAAGUCAAGCACUCUGUCAAAGACUGUCGAUGUAGAAAACACAAACUAUCAACCAAAGACCACCUUGGUGAAGUUGACACUUCCAGCAAAGACAACAAUUGAAAAGUCAAGCACUCUGUCAAAGACUGUUGCUGUAGAAAACACAAACUAUCAACCAAAGACCACCUUGGUGAAGUUGACACUUCCAGCAGAGACAACAAUUGAAAAGUCAAGCACUCUGUCAAAGACAGUCGAUGUAGAAAACACAAACUAUCAACCAAAGACCACCUUGGUGAAGUUGACACUUCCAGCAAAGACAACAAUUGAAAAGUCAAGCACUCUGUCAAAGACUGUUGCUGUAGAAAACACAAACUAUCAACCAAAGACCACCUUGGUGAAGUUGACACUUCCAGCAGAGACAAUCAUUGAAAAGUCAAGCACUCUGUCAAAGACAGUCGCUGUGGAAAACACAAAAUUUCAACCCAAAACUACCUUGGUGAAGUUGACACUUCCAGCAAAAACAACCAAUGAAAAGUCAAGCACUCUGUCAAAGUUAAAAAAAAAUGUAGUCAAAGCAAAAGUCAAAACAGUUGAAGUCUCCGAUUCUGAUUCCAAAAUGGUUAAGUAUGAAACAAAAGCAGCCAAAGCCGAAGUCAAAACUGUCAAAGCAGCAAGAUCAGAUACCAACAUGGCGAAAGUUUAUAAUGUCAGAAAUGUCAAACCAGAUGUUAUUACCCUCAAAACAGCAGAACCAGAUAUGAUUACUGUCAAAACUACAGAAGUAGAUGUCACAGAUUAUCAGAAGGAGAGAAAAACAGAAAUACAAACUAAUGUUGAUUCCUGUGACCAUGAGUGGGCAAAAAGUACCGAACAAAGACCAAAGAAAAGAAAGAAGUGUGAUAGUAACAGCAUUUAUAAAGGAAUAGAAUUUCAACCGAGUGAGGAGGGCAGAGACAUGGACAAACCCCAGGGACUACCCAAACUCGCCCCAUUGCCUGUGUACACCGACAAUUUCCAGGCCAGUUGUGUUUUAACCCAUCUGUUCUCAAGCAGAGACAACUUUGAUGAAGACUUUGUGGAGGACUACAUUAUACCAAAUUACAAAAGCGAGCAAAUGCUUUAAACUCUGUAUAAUUUUUUACUCAAAAAAAUGUCAUACUUGCCAUAUUUUUCGAUUACUUUAUAGGCAUUUGUCAAAGGAAAUUAGAAAUGUACUUUUUUUAACACAUAA